AUGGACCAGGAGGAAGCCCCGCCGCCUUACUCUGCCGUUGAUCCAUUAGUUCCGCCGGCGAAUAAUAGGAACAAUGUUUCUCAGCAAACCUCAGUCCCUGCACGUCGACAUGCCGAGCCAAGUGCCAGUAGUUCCAGUAUUGUGGAGUUACCUCCAUCAACCUCGCCUGCCAUUGUCCCGAUUCAUUUCACCUCCGCCGUGGCUUACUUCGAGGAAAGACCUCCACUUAUACUGGACGACAGUCGGGGCAUUCUACACCACCACAUGACUAUAUAUCCCCGCAGCCAAGCAAAAGAUUUUCCUCGGCGACCCCGCUGCUGGGCAUCCCGUUCAAAUGAGAUACUCCAGCAGGAUUGGGACACCUUCCUGCGAUAUUUGUUCCCACCCCAAUUAGGAUUGGCUGCUGCCUCCCAACAUCUGCCCCGUCAGCUGCGAGCUGAAAUUCAACGGGACCGCAAAGAUCGACCCCAAGAGACAGAUGAGCAGCGGCGGGCCCGCAUAAUGGCUGUGGUUGAUGAAUGGAAUGAAUGCUUUUUCGAGCCUCGCGCUACUGCCAUCGCUUUUGUUUAUAUCGGAGAGCCGGACGCAGCUCCUUCAUCAGCCCUGUGUCCUUAUUGCUAUCCCGCAGCAACCAAAGCGACACAAGGAAAUGGAGCAUCGGUAUCUCCAGAGGGACAAUCUCCAUGGAGCUCGAAUACCUCGUCCCCCGUGCCAGGGCAGUAUGCCCAGUCGCCAACAGCCUGGCCUUACGCCCCAGCUGGUCCAUAUGGACUUCCACCUGGCACUAUGGCGUAUGGUCCACCAUAUGGUGUUCCUCCAUUCCCAGGUCACGGCAUGAAUCACCACCCACCCGGACACUAUCCACCACACCCACCGCCUAACGGGGCACCUUGGCAAUGGAACAAUUGGGCAUAUGCUCAGCCUCAAAAUGGGAAUUCCGGCACAUCCAAGGGUGCAUUUGGCUGGUUCUCUAAUAUUACAGCUCAAGCACAGAAGUAUGGUGAGCGCUUUGCCGAGCAGGCGCAACAAUACGGUGAUCAAAUCAGCGCACAAGCUAUGCAUUACGGCCGACAAGUCGAAGAGCAGGCUUUAGCACAUGGUCGAUGGGUCGAAGAACAAGCCCGUUUUGGUCGAAAGCCCGGUGCAAAUGCACCGAUUGGUUAUCCUCCCCAGCCUACUUGGCCUGGUCAGACAAAUGAAACUAUGUAUAAUACGCCAAUAACCCCAGCCCAACCCUCGCCGGUUGAACUUCCCGUGCCAGCUACAGGCACAGCCGUCGCUACCACCACCACAACAAGAUUAAGUCAGGAUCAUCCGCCUCAAAUUCAACCUCAAGAUCCACCUCGAGAUCCACCUCGAGAUCAACCUCAGGAUCAAUCUCAGGAUCAACCUCAAGAUCAAAAUUACAGCAAGGAUGAUGACAAAGACAAACGACCCGCCGAACAAGCGCGCCGUACAUCCAUCCACUCCGUAUCAUCCGCAUCCUCACUCAGCUCCCUUGACUCCCUAAAUACCACUUCUGAUCUCGACGCCUCCGACCUAGCCACAGUCCGCGCUCAGCUUCAAGCCUUGGAGGACAGACACGAUCGUACUUUAUAUGACGCUGCGGCUGAUCUUCGUACACAGCUGGACGCUCUACAAGCGUCUCGCCGCGAAGCUCGCUUUUCUGGCCGGUCUCAUUGGCGCCCUGGAACGAACCAGAAUCAACAAACUCAAAGACCGAACAGUAAAGACUGGGGCCGAUGGGACUCACCCGAGCAGCAACAACGCCAGAAUACCGAACGGCGCGUCUUCAAAGAGGAACUUCGUGUUACCAAGAAGGCUUUCCGGGAGGUGGUUCGUCGAGCACGUGAAGAGCAGCGCACAAGAACUCAUCACAACCAUCGUCACCAUAUCCAUGGCCAUGGAAGACACCAUUGGUCUAUGGACUCAGGUCGAAAGAAGGACGAAUGUGACUUAACUGGACCCAUGAAAAAGCUUGCCCUUGAUGAAUCACAGCAAGGUCGUCGUUCACAUGUUCACACCACGUCUAUUCGGAAUUCCCAUCCUAUUCGCAGGGAUGUGCCUGCCGGUGUCGAGACCAGUUCGGGUAUCGACACCCCUGGUUCGGACACGCCUUCUUCUUCCCAGACUAGUGUCCAUGGAUUUCCCACAGAGCUUCCUGAGCGCAGGGGUGCAUCAGCCUCGCACACCAGACUAAGGGACAAGCUGAAGCCGCGUAUUGUGAAGAAGCAGCAGACUGGUGACUCCACACCAUCAUCUCGAGGCGAGGAGUCUGGUAAGAAGUCGAAGAAAUGGGCGAAGGAUUAA